AGGCUCCGAACACUUAAGCGCCACGAAUCAGAUAAUUGUCUACGGAGACCACUUGGAGUCCUACAGCACUAUGGCAGCUCUGCUUGAAUUAGGCAUCGCUCCUAAGGAUAUAGCCUUCGUGGAGCCAUUCCCACAUCUUGACCGCAACUUGAUGAGAGUCAACUGUUUUAACGAUGAAGUGAUCGAUGAAAGAGUCCAAGCAAGCUUAAACAAUUUGGGAAUUUACGUAUACCGUGAAUGUCACUUCGUAAGCUGGCAGUUGCAGGGGACUCGCAUCACCAGCCUGGACGUGAUGUCGCCGCUCCAUAAGAUCUCCAUACCCUGCUUCGCUCUUUUUUAUUACGGCUUGAAGGCUAUUAACUAUUAUGCUUUUAAAGGUACAGUCAGCUGCAGAGGUGACCCCAGUGGUGUAGCGUGA